UGCCUGACAUCCACGACAUUCAACCAUACCUUCCACAACCUCCAAACUAGUGUGUCAAACAAAUCGUCAGUGGAAACAUGAUUUAAACCUUUGAGUGUAUUCGGAAACUUUGUUUAAAUAGUUAAUCAUGUCUUGUAAACGAGUUUUGGUCACAGUUGGUACAACACGUUUCGAUAAACUCAUUGAACAUGCACAUUCAGACGCUGUUUUGAACAAACUGGAAUCGCUGGGUUUCACCGAAGUCACGUAUCAAGUGGGCAAUGGCAAAGGCGACAUCAAAGAGAAAACACAUUCGGUGUUACAACUAGAUUACGUCAAGUACAUCGAAGACUUCAACGAGGAAAUAAAGCGUUCGGAUUUAGUGAUAAGUCACGCGGGUGCCGGCACAUGCCUGGAAGUGCUCAAAGCUGGCACACCACUGAUUGUUGUUAUAAAUGAGGAACUCAUGGACAACCAUCAGCUUGAAUUGGCUGAACAAUUGGAAUGUGAUAAUUAUGUUUAUUAUUGCAAUCCAAAGGGUUUGAAGAACACUCUGGAGAAAAAUCUCAAAGAUUUGAAGAAAUAUCCUAAAGCAUCCAAGCAUUUAUUUAGGAAUUAUUUAAACAAAGCUAUGGGUUUUGCUUGAAUAAUUUGUAAAAAUAUAGAAGUUUUUAAUAAGUUAGGUUUAUGAUAAAAUUCAGAAUAUAUUUUUUUAAAAGAAA